GCAGCAGCAGCGCCACGCACCCCCAGCUGCACAACAGUACCGAUACUCCCAUAAGGCUGCUGGGAAAAGCUCCAGCAGAACUCUGUGACCCUGACCAGGAAGAAGUGGGUUUAGAUGAUGGAUGGAUGAAUCGAGUGGCGGUAUAGAUGACUGGUUCAUCAGAGGAGGUGAGAGAAAAGACCGAGUGGAGCCGGAGAGCACCUCCCGCUGUGCAGACCCCUGAGAUGCUCAGAAACCACCGACAGGUGAUUUUCAACCUUCAGGCAAACCAGUGCGUUAGGACGUGUCCCACUCAUCCUUACUGGGCAGCCCAUGCACAUGCACGACACCAUGGGUAGCUCCCCAGAGGUGCUGUCGUGGACUUCCUGCCCCAGUCUGUUGGUGGGGAAGCUGAAGGAAGAGCUCAAACUCACUGUGGUCGGGGAUGCCAUGAAGAAAUCCAACCCACCCAACUCCCAGCCCCUUCAGCCUCUUCAGGCCCCGAACUUACCUCCUCAGAUUAUCACAGACCUCGCCCCGCCGACACACCUGGCCGUUCCGCUGCAGACGCCAGCCGGCCAGGACGAGGAGUCUGCGCUGGGAGGCGUCAGCCCAGCCAACACGGCCUUGAGCGUGGACUCCACGCGCAGCGAAGGCGGACAUUUCGACAACAGCGUGCUCCAGCUGCAGGAGCACGACCACGAGGAAGCGGUGUCACCCGCCUCCUGCGAGCACGGCGGGUGCGGUAGUGGCAUGGAUGAGCACACGGGAGAGGGCGACUGCCCGGUGGACCACAGUGAAGAAGGAAGACCGCACCACCCGCCAUGUCACCACGAUGACAUCAAACUACACUUCCACAGAGCGGGGCCUGGAUCGGGAGGCUUCCUAGAGGGGCUGUUCGGCUGCCUCCGGCCGGUGUGGAAUAUAAUCGGGAAAACGUACUCGACAGAAUACAAGCUGCAACAACAAGACAUGUGGGAGGUUCCCUUUGAGGAGAUUUCUGAGCUGCAGUGGCUGGGCAGCGGUGCACAGGGAGCCGUCUUCUUGGGCAAAUUCCGCUCCGAGGAGGUUGCCAUCAAAAAGGUGCGAGAACAGAAAGAGACGGACAUCAAACCCCUGCGCAAACUCAAGCAUCCCAACAUCAUCAGCUUCAAGGGCGUGUGCACGCAGGCGCCUUGUUACUGCAUCAUCAUGGAGUAUUGUGCGCAGGGUCAGCUGUAUGAAGUGCUGAGGGCGGGAAGGAAAGUGACACCCAGGCUGCUGGUGGACUGGGCUUCAGGCAUCGCCAGCGGCAUGAACUACCUACACCUGCACAAGAUCAUUCACAGAGAUCUCAAGUCUCCCAACGUCUUAGUCACCCAUAACGACACUGUGAAAAUCUCUGACUUUGGAACGUCCAAAGAGCUCAGUGACAAAAGUACAAAGAUGUCAUUUGCGGGCACAGUGGCGUGGAUGGCCCCGGAAGUCAUCAGAAACGAGCCUGUGUCUGAAAAAGUAGACAUCUGGUCAUUUGGAGUUGUGUUAUGGGAACUGCUCACAGGAGAGAUUCCCUACAAAGAUGUGGACUCCUCUGCCAUCAUCUGGGGCGUUGGCAGCAACAGUCUACACCUUCCAGUGCCCUCCACAUGCCCAGAUGGGUUUAAAAUCCUCAUGAAGCAAACAUGGCAAGGGAAACCCAGGAAUAGGCCUUCAUUUCGUCAGAUUCUUCUACACCUCGACAUUGCCUCUGCUGACAUUCUUGGAACGCCUCAGGAGACAUACUUCAAGUCUCAGGCAGAGUGGAGGGAGGAAGUCAAGAAGCACUUUGAGAAGAUCAAAAGUGAAGGCACGUGCAUCCACAGGCUGGAUGAGGAGCUGAUCCGACGCAGGAGGGAUGAACUCCGGCAUGCGCUGGACAUCCGAGAGCACUAUGAGAGGAAGCUGGAGAGAGCCAACAACCUCUACAUGGAGCUCAGUGCCAUCAUGCUGCAGCUGGAGGUCCGAGAGAAAGAGCUGAUGAAGCGAGAGCAGGCAGUGGAGAAGAAAUACCCCGGGACCUACAAACGCCACCUGGUCCGACCCAUCGUCAGGUCCAAUGCUGUUGAGAAGCUCAUCAAGAAGAAGGGAAGCAUCUCCCACAAAGCUGGGAUGCCCACCAGAAGGCCGGACUUGCUGCGCUCUGAUGGCAUCCCCGGCCUUGACCCUCUUCCCUCCCCCUCACCGCUGUCGGCCAGCCCCAAGGUCUCCACGCCUCCUGGCAAGACCCGCUACAGAAGCAAGCCUCGCCAUCGCCGUGCCAACAGCAAAGGAAGCCACAGUGAGUUCCCCAGUGUGCUGAAGCUUGCUGUCGGGGCGCCGGAAGACACCCGAUCUUUGCAAGAGCAAACCUUCCACCACCACCACCACCACCAUCACCACCAACCGGCCGAGGGACAGUUUCUCCCCCUGAAAGGCCGCGAGGAGGCUGUUGUCAACUGUGCCAACAACUUGCGUUACUUUGGCCCCGCCGCUGCCCUGCGGAGCCCUCAGACUGACCACCUGCAGCGCCGCGUUUCUGGCUCCAGCCCCGACCUCAUAUCCACUGCUAUGGAUGCAGACACGCGACAGCGGACCUCGUCCACCAGCUCCAAUCCCGUACCGGGCGGCGCCGCCGGCUCUUUAUGUCCCUGCUGCCAGGCCCAUCCCUUCCCCGGUUGCCUACACUGUCAGGAGACCCCUCCUGCCUUGAACCAGCCAGAGUUGCCACACUACUCCCUGCUCAGCACCCAAGAAAGCGCCAAGUCCUCUUCAAGGGUGCCCAACCAAGAUGCAGUCUUAGAUGGAGAGAACGCGAAGAAGGCUGAGCCACAGGAGCAGAAUUCAGCCCAACACACACACCCUCUGCCCUCGGCACUGCCCCGCACCAUCAGGCCUCUCAGGAAGGGCGGUGAUGAGUCAUCUGAAGAGGAAGAGGGAGAGGUGGACAGUGAAGUGGAGUUUCCAAGGAGACAGAGACCUCACCGCUGCAUGAGCAGCUUCCAGUCCUACUCCACCUUCAGCUCGGAGAACCUGUCAGCGACCGACGGCGAGGAGGGAAACACCAGUGACCAUUCCCACAGCGGACCCCUGGAGAGGCUGAGCGCCAGCCAGGAGGAGCACCUGGACGAGCUGCUGUCCCACACGCCCGACAUCCCCAUCGACAUCUCCACCCAGUCGGACGGCCUCUCCGACAAGGAGUGUGCUGUCCGCAGGGUGAAGACGCAGAUCUCUCUGGGGAAACUGUGCUCUGACGAACACAGCUAUGAGAACCCGCUGCAGUUCGGGGACUCAGACUGCGAUUCAUCAGAGGCAGACUGCUCUGACGCCACCAUCAGAAACAACAAAGUCGGGGCCCCUUCCUCAUGGUGAAACUCACCGCGGGGCACAGCUCUUGUUUUGCCUGGAGGCCAUCAUGUCCCAUAUUCCAAAAAUGGGCCCUGCAGAAAAACACAGCAAUAAGAGGGCAAUGUGGUAAACAAAACUCUACCCUUCCCAUCAUAACCCCCCCCCCCCCACUUUCCCUCCCUCAUCCAGCACUGCAUCCAGGCAACCCAUGGCAGGGAUUCCCUUUUGAAUGAUAAUGUACAGUAGAUAGUUUAACAUUCAUAAUUUAUUUUUGUCUGAGUUUUGAAGCAAACUUCAGGACCUCUGUAAGUUCUCUGAUCUGAAAUGAGAAGAAAGAAACUUAUAUUUUGAAACGAAGCAUGGGCUGACUGUGUUGGAGACACUCUGGGUGGAGGGAGACGGACGUGAUGAAAGAGAAUGUGUUGAAGCACUUGCGUACUUGAGACUGAAAGUUAGCAGCAGGGAGUUGCAUAAUUGCAGUAGUUGGUCUCAGGCAAGGAGCAUCACUCCAAGUCUUCAUCGGGCUCCUUAUUUUAUUAUUUCUGAGGGAAGUCCUCGAACUACAAACAAUCCUUCACUGCAGUUUGACCAACCUGUGUCAGUUUACAGCACAGAGACCCAAAACCUCACCCCCUCCUCAUCCCUCCUCCCCCCCCCCCCUCUAUGGCUGACAUGGGGAACAAUGAGCUCAUGGAAAAAAAAUGUGAACACCAGCAUGAACAACCCUGCCUCAUGACCGGACUUUCUCUCCUUCCCUAAAACUGCAUCAUCAGGACCCCCCACAUGGCUGUCAAAGCAUGCUUGUGCAGCUCCCGCGAUGCAGAAAGCUGCUGAAAGACUGCAUGAGGCAGACAAGCUAGCAGGGCAGAGAUGAAGACUCGGCUUGAUGGCUAAAAACAGAUAUUCUUCCACUCGGACACCGUUCAUCCCUCUCCCCAAGACACAUCAUCAGCAAACAGAUGUCACAGCCAGAGCUAAUGAGGGUGUGUGUGUGUGCGUGCGUGCGUGCGUGCGUGCGUGCGUGCGCGUGUGUGUGUGCAUCUGCAUAUGUGAACACUAAACCCCUUCCUAAGCAUAAGACAUUUCAGUUUCAAGUCUCAUCUCAGGAUUGCUCAAGUACUGCGAAACUGGACUGGACCAAUUGUCGUAUGAAGGAAUGGUCUUCAAGUGGCACAUUAUGGACCAUGCAGAAAUAUUUAAAAAUAAUAAUAAUAAUGAUUUAAAAAAACAAAAAACAAAAAAGGUCUUACUCAUAGCCUUGAUGUUCAACCCUUUAUCACUCUAAAGGACAUGUAAUGGAUUUUAUUUGCAAUCCAGGUGCAGUAUCCUUCUUUUUUUAGCGUAACGUGUCCCAUGUACCAUUUUCUAGCAGGGUAGUUUUUACUGUCUGACAUGUAUUCUUUCCCAAAAAAAGGCUAAUUAUUGUCUGUGCUGUUGUAAAUAGAGCAGCAAUAAUAAACAGCAGCUUGAAACUCAGGUGAGAAAGGAGGGGCUCACUCAGAAAUGCAGGAUGUCCAGCUGGCUAGACAUCCACGUCCACGGUGGCUGGUGGCCUGAGGAGAGCAGAAAGGCUCUAAUUUGAAGCUUUUCUUUUUCUUUUGAUGUUUUGAGAACUUGCAUACGCAGGGUUUGAUGCUCAGGUUUUUUUGUGGCUGAUCGAGAGCAAUAUAUCAGCUGCCACUAGGUAGUGACAGUUGCACACAUUUGUUUUGCCUUGCGUUCAAAAAAUUGUGGCUCAAACUAUUUUUUCCCCCUAAUCAAGGUCAUUUCAUUGAUGGUCCCGCGACCAUCCAAAUAAUCCCAAUAAUACAACUCUAUAUUUUAAUCUUCCUGUUGUCUUUUAAAGAGGGAUACUGCAUUUGUAAAGGUAUUUUAAUUAUUUUUUUUUAAUAUAUAUAUAUUCCCAUUCGUCAUCCAACUUACUGAUCUUAUUUGCCCGGGUUGAAUUUAGCGAUAAUGAUGUCAUGAUAUCAGCCCAAGUGUGUACAGACGGGUGAGAUUUUGCAUAAGGAACAUAAGCCAGAUACAAGACCGGAGCUUUAAGGUGCUCUGGGUUUUCAGCAACCUCAUCUCAGUGUUAAUCCUGUAUAUAAACAUCUGUAAAUGUUAUGUGACCUGUUUUUGUCCUCCCUCUUUUAAUAUAUAUCACGCAGCUCAUACGACCAGGCAACUGGUUGAAAACGAGCAGGAAAUACUUAUAUCAGUAUUGUACACUUCAGGAGGGAGUGGGUCAUAAAAACGAGCGGCAAGAGGUGCUUAUAAAACUGUACCAAUGGAUAAAUUACUUUUUGCUCGAAUGCUUUAAAAAGGCUGAUGCCUGCUACUAAAAAAACAACAGACAAACAAAAAAACUAUGGCAGCCGCUCUUUAAGCCUCCCACUACCUUCUUCACUCUUGUUUACGUACAUGUGAAAUAACCUUGUGGAACAUAAUGAUUGGGUAAUCUGAUCAAGCUGUUAAUAACACUGUCUUUCUGGCAUACACCCUGUGAAGUAUGAUUGUUGCAAGGUUUUAAUUUAAUUUUGAUCCUUUAUUUUUCAUUCUUUCUUCGUAGCUGGCCUACGUGAUUAUUGGAUUAAUUUAUUUGUAAUGACUGGUCAGGAGUCGUUUUCUUUUUAAUUUCAGGCAGCUUAUGACCAACGAUAUCUCCCUAGAAGUAUUACUGAAAGGAAGCACAAUGAAUGGAUUUGAAAGGAGGACAGUAUUUGUAUGGUUGAAAAAAAAAAAAAAAAAAAAAGCAUUGUCAUAUCAUUUAAAUCUCCAGGGGACCAUUCUUCAUUUUGAUCACCAUCGCAGUUACAGUCUAGAAUAAGCAGAUUUUGGUAGUUUCAUCCCAUCAUAGGUUGUUAGGAAUCACUACUGCCACGGAAGGUGAAUAAAAUAUUGAGACCGACGGCACAUGUGAAGCCAGUUUCUAUAAACUUUUUCGGUGAACCCUUGCUUUCAUUUUUAAACAAAAUUACCAAUUACUUACAUCUGAAUUUCUGUGAAAUUGUUUCUCUUUCCGUGGACAUCAUGUUGUCUCAUCCCAUGUAUCAAACAUCUGUUUCUUUGUUACUCUCAUUUCCAACUCCCUUCCUUGUCGAAUGGCAUUAUGAUCAACCAAUCCUGUCAGUUUCCUGUAUUAUCCAAUGUACAGUGCAACGGGAGAAUAAAAUCAGAGCAAACAACUGCAUGGAAUAAAUGCUGAUGUACUGUACCCAAAACAUUGUGCUCCGUCUCAUCU